AUGGCAGAAGGCUCAGCAUCACAUCGAGGCCAGUCUCGUCGGGCUCAGACGGGCGGUUACCUGCCGAUCGAGGACUACGGAAUGAUCGGCAACAUGCACACUUGUGCGCUGGUGGGCAUAGAUGGAAGCGUAGACUUUAUGUGCUGGCCUGACUUUGACUCGCCAUCUCUGUUCUGCCGCUUGUUGGACAAGGACAAGGGCGGAUACUUCAGCAUUGCACCGCCCGCAGAGUUUGAAUGUACUACCAAGCAGCAAUAUUUGCCAGGCUCUUGUAUUCUGCAGACCCGAUACAUCCACGAAGAUGGCGUCGUGGAUUUGGUUGACUUUUUCCCACGGCCCAAGGCCGCACAGGUCAUGACCAAGGAGUAUAAGCAAAGCUCCUACCGCGAGUCUACACGGGUACAAGAAGAGCUCAAAAAGUGGCUAGUUAGACGCGUCGAGUGCAUCAGAGGUUCCUUGACAUUCGACGUGGAAAUAUUUCCUGCUUUUGGAUACGGCCUUGAGCCUCACGUUACUACGUUGACUCAACCAGUCGACUCGCAGAGCAAAGCUGCCACAUUUCAUAGCAAAGACGUGCGGCUUCAGCUAGAUGUAGUACUUCAGCGAGGAGAUGACAGCAAGGGGUGUCCCAAUAUAGGCUUCAAAAAGGUCAAGAAGGAGGGAAUGGCUGGUGAAGGCUUAGUCGGCCAGAUCCGGCUCCAUGAAGGCGAGGCCAUCUCUUUUGUGCUGAGAAACGACAUUCCCAAUCACAUUACAGAAAAGAUUACCACUCCAGUAUUGGAUAACCAACAGCACGAUACCCAGUCGUUUUGGCACAAUUUCAUCAAACAGUCCAAGUACAAGGGCCGUUGGAGAGAGGUUGUUGCCAGGAGCCUCAUGAUUCUGAAAAUGAUGACAUAUGAGCCUACCGGUGCCAUUGUGGCAGCGCCCACGUUUUCUAUCCCUGAAGAUAUCGGCGGGGUGAGAAACUGGGAUUACCGAUACUCUUGGGUCCGAGAUUCCAGCUUUACUAUUUACAUUCUGCUCCGGCUUGGGUUCAGGGCCGAAGCUGAUGCCUACAUGGAGUUCAUCAUGGAACGUUUUGUCAAGUCCCGCGGCCCUGACGGAGGAUUGCCUAUCAUGUUUACCAUCCGCGGUGAGACAGACAUCCCAGAAGCCACAUUGGAUCACCUCGACGGGUAUCGAGGCAGCAAGCCGGUCCGUAUCGGCAAUGGCGCGGCGUUCCAUCAGCAGUUUGACAUUUACGGCGAGCUCAUGGAUGCUAUUUACUUGUACAACAAGUACGGCAAACCCGUCCCUUGGGAUGUCUGGUGUGCAGUACGAGAAUUGUUGGAUUACGUAUUGACCAUUGUGGACGACCCCGACAUGUCCAUUUGGGAAGUCCGUGGUAACAAGCAGCAUUUUACGUAUUCCAAGAUUAUGCUUUGGGUCGCGUUCGACCGCGGCAUACGAUUAGCCGAGAAGCGAUGUUUGCCAUGCCCUAACCGGGCCAAUUGGUUGGCUGCCCGGGACAGGCUUUGUGAAGAAGUCAUGGAAAAGGGCUAUAACACCCAAAUGAAGUCGUUUGUCCAGAGCUACGAAAACAAUACCAUUGUCGAUUCGUCUAUUCUUAUUGCCCCCCUUGUUUUCUUUAUCUCUCCUUGUGAUCCUCGCUUUGUCAAUACUCUCGACAGAAUCCUACUUCCUCCGGAGAGAGGGGGCCUCACCAGCGCUGGCUUGGUGUUUCGUUAUGAUACAGACUUGUCAGACGACGGUGUGGGUGGACGAGACGGCGCCUUUAGCAUGUGUACAUUUUGGUUGGUCGAAGCCAUGACACGUGCCGGGGUAUAUGAACCCAAAUAUCUCGUUCGCGCCGUCAACAUGUUUGAAAAUAUGCUUUCGUUUUCCAAUCAUUUGUCCAUGUUUUCAGAGGAAAUUGCUCGAAGCGGAGAGCAGUUGGGUAAUACGCCGCAAGCGUUCAGUCACCUUGCCCUGAUUAGUGCUGCGUUCAACUUGGAUCGCGCUACAGAAGGGUGGACUGGUUCACGAUGA